AUGGCGUUCAGUUUUUAUUGUAUAAAUUGUUCUGAUGGAUGUAAUAAUCUGACUGGCUAUUGUAACGGAAGUUGCCUGGAUGGCUACUAUGGAUUCGAAUGUAAUUCGACCUGUCCACAAAACUGCUAUCAUAGAUGUGAUAGAAGUACAGGCGAAUGUACAUAUUGUAAGAGAUCCUAUUAUGGUGUAAACUGUACAGAGACUUGCCCAGAAAGAUGUUACAACAAUUUUUGUAAUCAAAGCGGAUUUUGUACAUUUUGCAAGAGAUCUUUCUAUGGAGAUCAUUGUGAAAAGAAUUGUCCUUCAAACUGCCGCGAGGGUUAUAACUGUGACCAACAUACCGGUAAAUGUAUACAUGGCUGUAAUGAUGGGUUUUGGGGGAAGUCAUGUGAGAACAAUUGCAAUGACAGGUGUGAGUGGUCUUGUAAACAAACACAUGGCAUUUGUCAUAUAUGUAAACCUGGAUACGGCUGGUUUGGCGACAAGUGUGAACUUCAAUGCCCAGUUAAUUGUCGAAAUUCGACGUGUUUUAAAUUUGACGGUUCUUGUACCUGUUCAAAAGGCUGGUAUGGUGAAGAUUGUCAUCAAAAAUGUAUCGAAAAAUGUGAUUCAUGCAUCGAUUAUAGCACUUGUAAUGUAUGCUCAGCGGGAUAUUAUGGUAGAUAUUGCGAAAGUUUUUGUCCUACUAAUUGUACAGAAUGCUCAAGGGACGGUGAAAAAUGCACCAGAUGUAACUCAUCGAAACACUUUGGUCACCAAUGUACAUGCGACUUGGACCAAUGCUCGAAACAUGAUAUAUGGUGGAACUGUGUCGAAUGUAAAAAUGCUGGUUGGUAUCCGAAAAUAGGUGGCUGUUGUAGAUGCAGUGAAAAUUGUAAGGGCGGACAUUUAAAAUGUGAUAAUACCACUGGCGUUUGUUUAGACGGAUGUGAGCCAGGAUAUUACGGGACAUAUUGUGUCGAUAAAUGCAGUAGCCAUUGUAUCGGAAAUGACACUGUUUGUAAUUCCACAACCGGUAUAUGUCCAUAUGAAUGUGAACCUGAUUGGCAUUAUUCCACAUGCAAAUACGGAUGUUCACUGCUGACGCCACACUGUGCUAAAUGUACACAAUUUAAAAAUAAACAAAAUUUUGAACAUGCCUAUUGCGAUUCCUGCGGCGACGGGUUUUACAAACCCUUAUUGGAAGACUUUUGCGCACCUUGUGAAAAUUGUUUAAAUGACAAAUGUAAUGGUAGUACAGGACAUUGUCUUGAAGGUUGUAAGCAGGGAUGGUAUUUGAAUACUUACGGGUUCGGAAAGUACUGUCGGCAAUGUGAAAUUGGCUGCAAUGAAGGUUUGUGUGACCCAACCAACGGAACAUGUAUACAGGGAUGCAAAAAUGGUAUGACAGGUGACAAAUGUUAUUUUCCCUGUAGCGACGAAUGUUUAAACGCAACUUGUGAUCAGUUUUCUGGUGAUUGCUUUAAAUGUAAACCGGGACUUUAUGGUAAUAAAUGCUAUUACGGUUGCGGUGACUGUCUUAGAGAAACAUGUAAUAAAACCACUGGCAUUUGUGAAGAUGGUUGCAAUGAUGGUCGCUUUGGUGAAAAAUGCUCUCAGUCGUGUAGUCAGUGUAUGGGUGGAAAUUGUAAUAGACAAGGUGUUUGUAUGUCUGGUUGUACGCCCGGAAAAUAUGGAAUAUACUGCAAUGUAUCCUGUGUUAAUAAUUGUUUGAUAUGCCAUCCAGUGACUGGCAAGUGUCUUCAUGUAUCACCUGCAUGUAAUACCACUCACUGCACAAUGAAUUUCACGAAUUCCAUUUGUCCGCCAUUAAAAUUUGGAUUUGAUUGCAAUCAAACGUGUAGUACAAAAUGUAUAAAUACUUCCUCAAAUGGAUACAUCUGUGAAAAAUAUAGUGGUACUUGUAUAGAAACUUGUGCUUCUGGUCAAUUUGGACAAUUCUGUAAUGACUCUUGUGGUCAAUGUGCUUCAGCGGAUAACACAUUGACGUCGUGUAAUCCAGUAAACGGACACUGUAUAAACUGUUUGAACGGUUAUUACGGGAAAAAAUGUGAUCAGAAGUGCAGUGAAACGUGCUUAGAAGGAGAUUGUAAAGGUAACGGUGUGUGUUCACAAGGAUGUAAACCGGAAUGGAAAGGUACAUUCUGCGAAGUAAAAGAACCUGCUAAGCAGACCGGAUUGUCCAGUGGUUCAGUGACAGGAAUAGCUAUUGGAUGUGUAGUUGCUGUGAUUUUAAUAGUCAUUUUGGCAUAUUUCAUAUAUAGACGAAGGUACAGUAUGAAAUGAUUGAUAUACUUUACCAGAUUUCAAAAAUUUAAACUAUGAGAACAAUUAUCAAAAAUGUUUUGAAUAAGCAUAUUUAUCUACUAAAGGAUAA